AUGCCACAAAAAGCUCUUAAGACUAGCAAGAAGGUUAAGGACCCACGUCGUAUUACAAAAAGACAAAAGAAUUUACGUAAAGGUGCACCAUUACAGAUUAAAUCAAAGAAAAAAUCACUUCUACAUCUAAAAAAAUUGAACAGAACAGCGUCCUUAACUGAAUCUACUGAAAAGCUUAUAGCAAGUAAAGUUGGCCAUUUGGAAGUUCUGAAGGGGACAAGGAGAGAAUUGGCAAAGGAAAAAAACAAAUGA